AAAAUUUUGAAAAAAUAAACUGGAGGCACAACAAAAAAAACACGGAAAAACAUUAAAUUCCAAUGAGUUUCCAUACAGUUUUCCAUUUUUCCCGUUCAAUUCGAAAAUAUUUAAAAAUAAUUGAUAUUCCGACACAAACGACAUCUUUUAUCGAUACUGGGCACUGGCAUUUGUCAAUAGAAAUGCAAAUGCAAGGCUGAAGCGUCGCCCUAGCAUCGUUUCGCAAAAAUUCAUCGUCAUCGCAUUAUCGGUAUAUAUUCGGGUUUUUACUGUGAAAAUUGUGCUCGGGAAAUUCGUGUGGGUAUAAUUAAAACAUUGCCCUCAAAAUUUCUGCAAGGGUGGUGAAUUUUCUUAAAAAAUGUUGCGAUCUGUCAUGGCGGUGUUCUCGGCGACCAAUAGGAGAACAGGACGCCAUUGGUAAUUGUCAAUUGAUUUCUCUUUUUGGGUUUGGGUAGGUACGCGUCAUCCGACAUUUUCGUUAAUCGCCGAGAAACAUUGCGAUUUUAACCCCUUGAGUGGCGAGAUUAGGACCCAUUAGUUCGAUUUGUAGGUGAUUUCGUGUGAAUAGUGAAGGGAUAAUUUCGUAAAAUGCGAAAAUGUUCAUUGUUGUCACGUGACGGAGUCGAUUAGUAUGGCGAUUGGCUAAAGAAAUCAAGGCACACUGAGUAAUUUUCACACAGUAAACUUUUGACAUUACUAUUGUGUACGAGUUUGUUUUUGUGUAACCCACGUGUAUUUCGACUAUCAUAUGACGUUUUAACAAGAAAUGUCAGGAAGAGGAGCUAGGAAGAGGGGGCGUCCCCCCAAGCUCCCUAUUGCUGAUAGGGGUAAAAAAUUCCAAUAUCAUUUACUUAAAAAGCCGAAGUACUUGCAAAAAUAUCAGAAAGGUAUUGACUCACCCUCUACUACAUCUUCAGCAUCUAGAACCUCUUCUCCACAAGAAAAUGAGUCAAGGAGAAGCAGUACUAGAAUAAAAGGAAAAGAUGGGCAUAGGGAUGGACAUAGAGCUGGCAGAAAGUCUGGUUAUGCUGGGUCAGCUUAUCAACGCAGGGGGUACAAUACUGGAUAUGACUAUCAAGAUUCUGAGUAUCAUUAUGGCUCAGAUUUUGGAGACGAUGACAGUGAUAAAAGUGACAUUGAAGAUGUAUUAUCAGAAAGUGAUACUGAGUCAAUAGAACAUCACACCAGCGAUAGUGAGUUUUCUUUUAGUAGCUUUAGCAAUUUAAGCAAUAGCCUAGGCUCUAGGAAACUUACACUGACACCAGAACCUUUAUGGCUUCAAAACAAGGAUAUUCCCUUACUGGAAAUACCAAAAUCAUCAGACGAUUUACUUGUACCAAAAGAGCUUAUUAUGGAUGUUGUUAGCACAUACGAAGUGAUGAGACAUUUUAGAAAUUUGAUGAGAUUAUCACCAUUUAGAUUGGAAGAUUUCUGUGCAGCAUUAGUAUCUGAAGAACAAUGUAGUCUUUUGUCAGAAAUCCACAUAAUGUUAUUAAAAGCCUUAUUAAGAGAAGAAGAUGCACAACAAACUCAUUUCGGACCUCUAGAUCAAAAAGAUAGUGUCAACAUUGUCCUGUUCUCAAUUGAUAAUCUCACAUACCCAGAAGUGUUAAGAUCCUAUGUUGAGAGUGAUAAAAGCUUUAACCAAAAUGUACUGGAUAUAUUGAACACUACAAACUAUCCAUUUUCGGGAAUGGAAAAUAGAAUCAAAGUUUUACAGUUUUUAACCGAUCAAUUUUUAACCACGACUCCAGUGAGAGAAGAUUUAACCAGUGAAGUGCCUAUGCAUUAUGACGAUCAUUGCCGAGUCUGUCAUAAACUUGGCGACCUUCUUUGCUGUGAAACUUGUCCAGCAGUCUACCAUUUGGAAUGUGUGGAUCCCCCCUUAGAGAACAUCCCUGAGGAAGAUUGGCAAUGUGGUAUAUGUCGUUCGCAUAGAGUUUCUGGUGUGGUCGAUUGUGUACUGGAUAUAGAGAAGCAAGGUCAACUAUAUAGGCAGGAACCUUUGGGCUAUGAUAGGCAUGGAAGGAAGUACUUUUUUCUUUGUAGAAGAAUUUUUGUGGAAAGUCAAGAUGGAGAAGUGUGGUAUUACAGCAUUGAAAUCCAAUUAGAAGAACUUCUUAAAACAUUAGACCAAGAUAAUAUGGAAGCUGCUUUAUACAGGGAGCUUGAUGAUUGCAAAGAAGAGAUUGUCAGGCAAAUGACACUUACUGAAAAAUUAACUAACCAGUUUAAGGCCAACAAAAAAACUUAUUUUGAAUCUGAACAUGCAGCUAUUUUAUUAGCAAUUAAAGAAAAAGAAGAAAAAUCCCAAGAGGAAAGGCAAGAAAAAUGUUGUGAAAACUUUGAUGAUUUGCUCGAUAAAAUGCAAGAAGUGACUGAUGUCCCGGCUGCUGUGUAUAGUGAAAUUGUAGAGACAACUACAGAUGAAGUUACAGCUACAGCUUCUUCUGUGACUGUUAAAAAUUCAUCAGUGAUUGAAAUUGAUGAUGAUACAAAUAAGGAUUCAUUAGUAACGACAAGAUCAAAAACAGGCAGUCUUACACCAAGAACAUUCAAUAUUGAUGACUCGAAAAAAAGGGUAUGCACUGAAGAUGAUAGAAACGAUUCUAGACUAACCAGACAAAAAGCUAAUCAAAUGGCUAAUGGGACUUACCUAUUCAAAUUAGGAAUGGAAAAUACCUGCAAAAGCUAUACUAAUCAAUUUAGCACAAACCCAAUAGCACUGAAUAAACCUCAAAGAAAUGAAGAAAGAGAUAAAAAACGUCAUCUAUCUCACAAAUUCUCUCUUACACCUGCUUCAGAAUUCAAAUGGGUAGGUGGAACUAAUGGUACCAAAAUUCUUAUGAUGAAUACUGUAAGGCACAGUAUUAUGCAAUUAGAACAAGUGAUUCCAACAGUUUUCAUGCAUACAAACUGGGUAUCAUUACGUAAACCUUGGUUGAAUGUUUUAGCAUCUUGUCAAACUCCAAAGGAUUUUGUUAAAGCUUUAAUCGCUUUACAGGCUUGCAUUAAACCUGUUUGCUUUGCAAAUGUUUGGCACGAUCAACUAGGGCAUACAAAAUUAACUCGAAUAACAGCUCAAGAUCGCGAAGAACGCAAAAAAUUGGAAAAACGUGAAAAGAAAGAACGGGAAGAGGAAGAAGAAAGGAAUAGGUUGAUUAUAAGUAGCUAUACAAAGUAUACUAUGGGAUUUAAACACCAAUUAUGGAAACAAAAAGGGGAAGAGUAUAGGAUACAUGGGAAAUGGGGUUGGUUGUGGAUAAGAAUACCAAGAAAUUUUAGGCUUGUGGAUUCGACAAAAUUGGGACUUGCAGGUGGUGCUCAAAGAUUUAUGGUCCAUAUCAAAGAUAAAGAAGGAGUAAAAAAAAUUGUCUCCCUAAGUCCAAACAUGUACAAAUAUGUAAUAAAUCAAGUUAAAAAUGACGCUGAUAAAAAAGUUGAAGAAUCAAUUCCAGAAAUCAUCAGGAACGUUGAAAUUAUUCCUAUACCAGAGAAAUUUGAGGUAAUGGAUGUCUCCAGAGAGUUAUCUGCACCUGGGCGCUUAUUAUACCAUAAAGUAGCCAAAAAAAGAAUUGCUGAUGAACUAUUAACAUUAAGGCUUGAAUUGAAACUUAGGGAAGAAAACAAAAUUGCUCAGAACAAAGCUGGCGAGCAAGACGAAGAGUCCACUGAUAUUGACACUAAAGAAUCAAAUAAUAAGGCGGGCCCUUCAAACCCUAUCCUUGGCAGUAAUACAGAUCUUAUUAAUCUCCUUGCGAAAAAGAUUAGUUAUCUUAGAACUCAGUAUGCAUCAAAUUACAAAGUAGGGCAAGAAUUAAAGUGUUAUGUAAAAGGGUGCAAAUCUGCAAUCAGCUUAGAAAAUACUUGUUACUCACCUACUUGCAGGGAAAGAAUAAAAAUCCGCAGGGAGCUUUUAGUAUAUUUGAAGAAAGCUCAUGAUGCUUCUGGCAACCCUAAUCCUUUAAAAGUGAGUUUGGCCAGUUUAUUAAAUCCUCUAAAGAAAACUUCCAUUUUGGAACAAACUUUAAAAGCACCCGUAAAUACAACUACAGCAAAUAAAGAAAACGAACAGGAGAAAAACAGUAUGUGUAAAGAAGUACUUAUUGCUGAAAAUGCUCAGGAUGACUCUAAACAAAAUUUUCAUAAUUCAACUAAACAAUCCGAAAUAAAACAAGAAAUUGAAGCGGAUGUGAUUAAAAUGGAAGAGAGCAUAGGUGAAGACGUUAAAAUCGAAAAAGAGGGUAUUAAAAAGGAAGAAAACAUCAAAAAGGAAGAGAAUAUUAAAAAGGAAGAGGAUAUUAAAAAGGAAGAGAAUGAAAAUUCUGAAAUAAAAGACGAGCCGAUGGAUAUUGAUGUAACUUGUACACCUGCUUCCCCAGUUAAAAAGAAAUUUAAAAUUGAAUGUGAUGAAAGUGGCCACAUUGCUAUGGAAAAUAUGUCACCCGAUGCAAUUAAAGAAAUGAUUUUGGGGCCAAGACCAGUUACAACACAAAUCAUAACUGCCAAUGGUGUACAAACUUACAGUGCUAAAAGUCCCAGUAAAAGUCCCACCUACGUAGCUCAACAAAAUCGAAGAUUUUGCAAGUACAAAGUAGGAGUUAAGCGGGAAGAAAGGGUUGCAAAAACCGAACAUGCUGAAGAUGGCAGUGAAAGAGUUUAUUCAGGUACAUUGACAGAAGGGAAAGUGUUUUUGAAGAAAAUUCCAACUCAAGUCGAUUUGAAGCGCAAGAAACGCCAAAUCAAAUAUCCGUCUGUCUCCAGUUUCCAAGCUAGAAAAGGAGUUAGUUCGUUAUUCGUUUUGCCUAAACAUGAAGUUAGAAAGCUGGCUCGAAAUGCCGGUACAACAUAUGUUGGUGGUUUUAAUAUGCUUGCUAAACCAAAUAAUUUAGUAUGGCCUUAUCCCUGUGCCAGACCCUUAUUUAAAACUUGCUGGGCUUACAGAACAGCAAACAUAAAGUCUUUAGCGUCGGCCGCAAUACAACUGAGAAUCUUAUGGGCCACAUUGAGAUGGGACGAUAUCCAAACUAAACCACCGAACACUGAAGGCAAACAUCAAAUUACAACCGAUACUGAAAUUUUAUCGCUGGAAUUGUUGAGACAUAGACAUAUGGGUCAGUUCUUGGAAAAAACCCAAUAUUUGAGAAGGAAAGUUGUAAUUCCUCUGGAGCUCCCUAAAACUGUUAGGGAGGUAACUUCAAUUAGAAGUGGAUUGAGAAAAAGAAAAAGGCCUGAGUCACCACAGUCGAUGGCCCCACAAGUUACAGAGGAAUGGGUCGAUGAAGAAAAAUUGGAGUUGUGGGAGAUCAGGCAGUAUGGAGAACGGGCUGAACGAACUAAUCAACAAGUUGUCACUAGGAGUCGGACGGGCAACCUUCCAGCUCCAAAACCCGUUGUGCAGGAAACUACUACUGAGGCUAGUGGCAGAGUGACUGUCACUUACAAGGCUAAUAGUAAUACGGAAGAAUUGAAGGAGAGAUUGGAACAAACGCUGCGGGCGCAACGGGCAGCGCACCAGCAGAAACGAGCUUUGGAAGUUAGAAAUCUCAACGUUAAGAGUCCUGUGGAACUUGAGCAUACGGCCGUCAGUACUACAACUUCCACUAGUACAUCUUCUAGUACGGAAAAAUCAUCUAGUACUACAACUAGUACUUCCAUUAGUACUAAUCCUUUAAAACCGAUUCAACCGAAAGCAAAUACCUUGGUCAAUACCAAUAAAUGUUUCAUAGUCUCAGGUCCUGAUGGUACACCCAAACUAGUCAAAAACGUCUUGGUACCCUCACAGUCUGUACUUAGUGGGAAGAAUACCCUGACAUCCCUAUUAACCAACAAAAAUAAAAUUGCUGGUAAAAGAAUUUUAAUGAGCAAAGGACCAGAUGGAACUUCACGAGUUAUAGGAAGCACCACAGUAACAACUGGUGUUGCGAAGAAUCCUAAUCAAGCAAGCUUCAUUAAGAUUCAAUCUCCUAUGCAGCCAUUAUUGCACAGUAUACAACAACCUGUACAGCAGCCACAGCGAGAAUUCGUAUCUACAGUACCAGCUACUGUUACAACAACCCCUGCAUCUACUAAUAGAGAUAACGCUCAGCGUGUUCAAAUAAUGCGAACCCAGGACGGUCGUCUUACUGUUAAAGGUUUGACGGCAGGGCAACAAAUUGUACAAUACCCAGAUGGUAAACUUCAAGUACUGUCCGCUGCCCAAGUAGCGAAUCUUACAUCUACAGUGAAAGCCACAACCAUGGCGACACCCACAACACCAGUAUCGACAACUUUGGCGGCGACGCCAAUGACACCUGUGUCCACAACCAUGUCGACAUGCACCACACCGGCGACACAACAAUUUAUCAAAACCACUCCCGCAGCAGGUCAGAAAGUCGCAAUCAGACAGAUUAGUCCUCAGCAACUAGGUCAGGUCCUGCAGCUACAGAGCCAGCAGCUACAAUCGGCUACUAAACGUAAGGUGCAGAGGCUCAAGCCGCAGAACAUUGCUCAAGCUGUGGUGGCAACUAAAAGUGGGCCACAGCUGGUUCAACAACAUGUAGUUGUUGGGGCUAAUCAGAUGAUUUCAACUCAAGGUGGACAACAGGUGGUAACAAACCAAAUUAUAGUCAAUAACCCGACCUUAGCCCAGCAAUUGGCAUCUGGAAAACUCCAAGUGGCCACUAUUAAUGGCCAACAAAUGCUAAUACGACCUACUAGCACCACUCAGGCCCAGGUUAUCGCUCAGUUAGCUCCAGGCGGUAUUCAGAAUAUUCAAUCUACAACUAGUCCCCUGGUACAACAGUCUCCCGCUAAAAGUAGCAGUGCUAGUGGUGUUAGCAGUGUUAACCCUCCUAGCACAAGCGGCCCUCGAACCACAACCACCUUAGGCGGUAGCUUCAGUAACAACGGUAGUCUUACUCCUCAAAAACCUGUUACCCAGCAAGCAGCCAAUCAAAUUGAGAAAGGAACAAUGGAACAGCUAUUGGCAAAUCAACCGCCAGGUACCGUCAUAAAAUGCGUUACUGCGCAGGUCUUAAACACAGAGCAAGGUCCGAGGAUUGUACUUCAAGGUAUCCAUGGCGCCAACUUUACGCCUCAGCAGCUUGCGACUGUUCAGCAUCAAGUUAAACAACAGUUGGUGAAAGCGCAAGCUUCUGCUGGAAAACAAGGCGUCCUAGGUCCGACGAAAGUCUACCUUGCAGUGCAACCCAGUUUGGAUGGUGAACAGGCCACAUCUUCGAACCCACCUCCAUUAGCUCCAGUGAAUGCUGCGAAGCAACAGCCACCGCAAAAGCUUCUGGCAUCGCCAGAUGCGACGCCAGAAAAAUUGAGUGACACACAGGCCUCCACAGUCCCAUCCACUACGGCUCGUCGAGUUCUCAAUGGACAACAGGUUGAUUCAUCUCUUCUGCAGCUUAUGAAAGCUAAAUUGGAGAAUGCUAUCUCCUCAACGCCAUCAACUCAACAGCAACAGAGUGCGAACGUAGCGACCAUGUCCACUAGUAGCAGCACUGAUACGAAUAAGCAGUUUAUCGUGACGCCCGACUAUAUUCAACAAACAAUCAAAACCGCUUUAAAACAAGAAAAUCUAAACCCAGAAAUCGAGGAGAAAUUACUCCAACUGCAAAGGUUCCAGGAGAAACAGAUGAAACAGGAACUGGAAAAUCCUUCACCAGUAGCGGCAAGAAUUAUAGUGAAUCCUGUACAACACAUUAACAAAUGUCAGCUGAAUUCACGUAAGAGGACUAACAGCUCUUCUAGGAUUGAUGAUGCUGAUUGGGUACUGGAGUCACCCAAAAGAAGCCGACCGAAUAGGAAUCAUGAUAGAAAGAUUGAGACUAUCGGACACCAAGAACUAAUACCAGCAAAAGAAAGAGUUAUAGUUCCGAGAGUACGCACCAAGAGCAGAGACUCUGAGCAGAAAAUCUCCAAAGCCAAAGUAAUGGUUACUCUUUAUCGUCAAAAAGAACUACUGAAAAAGGAUAUUCUUAGAAAAAGAGCUUUGUUGGAGAAGGAAUUGCAAUAUGAGAUACAGAAGGAAGUAGCUGAUGAAUUGGCAGCGAGGACAAAAAUUGAACGUACAAAACAAGAUGAAGUCAGAACCGUAACUAACAGACGAAAAUCAACUGCAACAAGUACAACUCACGUUAUGCCUACUCCAAGAGCAGGUGGAGGCAAAAGUAGAAAGACUUCUAAAUCUCAUAGUUUGCCUAAUUCAGCUCUCAACAAACUGAAAAAAGAAAAGGUUUAUUGCAUAUGUCGGACGCCGUAUGAUGAAACGAAAUUCUACGUCGGUUGCGAUCUUUGCAAUAAUUGGUUCCAUGGUGAUUGUGUGGGCAUUACUGAGGAAAGCAGCAAAGGUUUGACGGAAUUUAUUUGCGACGAGUGUCGGCAGGCGCGGGAAAGUCAGAAAGUGUAUUGCCUUUGCCAGCAACCAUAUGAUGACUCACAGUUCUACAUUUGCUGUGACACUUGCCAGGAUUGGUUCCACGGACGUUGCGUUGGUAUUUUACAGUCAGAAGCUGAUAAUAUUGACGAGUACGUCUGUCCGCGCUGUCAGAAAAAUAGUGCUGUGAAUUAUGUGAACAUGAAAGACCUUAUUCAUAGAGAUUUCGAGAAUUUGAAGAAACUUAUAAAGCAGAUACAAGCUCACAAAAGUUCUUGGCCUUUUAUGGAACCUGUGGAUCCCAAUGAAGCACCUGAUUAUUAUAGAGUUAUUAAGGAGCCUAUGGAUCUUCAAAUGAUAGAGGCAAAAAUCAACGAUAAAAUCUACACGAAACUAAGUGAGUUCAUUGGAGACAUGACAAAAAUUUUCGAUAAUUGUAGAUAUUAUAACCCCAAAGAAUCACCAUUUUUUAAAUGUGCAGAAUCGCUAGAAGCGUUCUUUGUUAACAAAAUCAAAUACCUUAGAGACAAACUCUCUGAAAACGUUAAAUAAGAACCAGUUUUAUUUCUAGCUUUAAAUUUAUGAUAAGGGGCUGCUCUGAAAGGACCUAAAACCAUAUUAUUAUGGUUGGUUAUUUAUACAUAUAUGUAGGUACUAGAUUAUGUCAGCUGAGAAUUUUGUUAUUUUUUUAACAUUAUUUUUUCUCAUUUGCAUCUGAUAAUUGUAAAGGCCGCCACAGAGGAUUUUUGCGAUUGCAUAAAAAAAAAACCUUGAAGAGUGGCAAUUUAAGAGACAGCAGUUGUCGCCAAAAUAAAUUGAGACCAAGUCACAACUACACACACACGUUUCAACUUGCUUAUCUACUGGCAAGUAGCACGAAAAUUUUGAUGAGUCACUCGGAUUCAUUUGAGCCAAAGUUAUAUAUGAACAGACUAAAAAACACCUAUCUUACUACUAAUGCCUGUGGUGGCUUUACGCCAUCUUCAAUACUAAUUAACCUGUUUGGCACCAUGAAAAAUGAAUCGAAUUUUAACCAACUGGAGACGAAAAAGCUACCUUAAGAGUAAUCGUUCUAGAUUUUUAAUGUUACCUCCUUUAUACCGUUCUAAUAUAUAUUUUUUUUUAUUUGAUGAAGCUUCUUGCCAAUCGCCAAUCGGCUUUAUAACGUUUUAAUGCUUUUUUUCUUUUUGGUAAAGCUUCUUGCCAAUCAGUUAGUUUGGGCUUUUUUCAACUACAUUUCACUGACAAAAUCGCUAUAGGCGGCUUUGUGUAAAAUUUUCAAGCUAAUUCUCGCGGUAUCAAAAUAUAAAGAAAUCAGUCCACACUUUUUCAAUUUUUAGACUCAUAUGUCUUGCAACCCAAAAAAUAAACUGGCCGUGGACAUUAUGAUUAGCAUGGAUUAAUAAUUAAUAAUUUCAUUUAAGCUUUAAGCUUUUUUUAUUGUGAAUAAGUGAAUAAUUUAUUAAGCUCAUAAGUGAAAGGGUUUUGAAAUUUAAAUUUGGUAUAAUUAUGAAAAGAUUUUAAAAAUUUAUUUCUGUUCCUAAAAUUCUCCUCUUAGCUUUAAAAGGGUAGUUUCUAUGAAAAUUUAUAAUUUUAAUUUUAUAUUAGUAUUUAAAUGGGUCUUUUUGGAAGGUUUGAACGAUCUCAUUUAUUUUUUUUGUAAUAUUUAUAGAAGAGAUCAUUGUGCACGUGUAUAAUUAUUGAUAAUAACCUGUAUUUAUGUUUAUAUUUUGUAUAUUUUCGCUCUAGGGUGGUUUUUAACUAUAUAGAUACUGUAAAAUGAUUUUAUUGAAAUAUUAAUUAUAUAUACAUUUUAAAAAAAUUAAGUUUGCUUAAAUUUUACAAUUUUAUUUUAAUUUUUUUUUCAAUUAUUGAUAAUAUUAUAUAGAGGUAUUUAUGUAUAAAUAUAGGUAUGGUCCAAACUUGCCUUUUUUUUUCUGCUCAGUGCAUUGAUAUAAAUGCUCUGGGAAGAAAAUUUACUUGAAUGAUGUUUCCAGCAAGUUUCGAACAGAUCCUACUGUUUAGGGUUAGUGCCAUUGUAUAGAUAAAGGUAUGGAAUUACCAGGAGAGAUUUUCCAUUCUAAUUUCGCAAAUAUUCGAAAGAAAUUUAUAUUUAUGUAAUUCUCUGGAAAUCGUUUUUUUGACAAAUAAAUUAACACCACGGAAAUGACUUUU